CCAAUCCAUAACCAUAAUUUGGCAUUUGGUUAUUGUGUUCAUUAGGACAAACUCGCACACUUUCUUUUCUUUGUAACAGAAUCCAGCUAAUAUUAAAAAACUCCAUCCAUCACAACACACGCCACUAAACGCUAACUACUUUUCUUUUCUUUUCACUUCUCAAUAUCUUCUUCCUCUUAAAUAAGAAACAAAUGAAGUCGGUGAUGGAACUCAUCUGAAGCGGUUAAAUCGAAGAGAGAGAAUGGCGGUGGAAUACACUUGCUGCGAAUCGGAGUUCUUCAUCCACAUAUUGGUUAUCAUCUUCUUGGUAGUCUUCGCUGGUUUAAUGUCCGGACUCACCUUAGGUCUCAUGUCUCUCAGUCUCGUUGAUCUUGAAGUUCUUGCUAAGUCUGGUACUCCGAACGAUCGUAAACACGCCGUCAAGAUAUUACCUGUUGUGAGAAAUCAGCAUUUAUUGCUUUGUACUUUGCUGAUUUGCAAUGCCGCCGCCAUGGAGGCACUUCCUAUUUUUCUUGAUAGUCUUGUUACUGCUUGGGGUGCUAUUCUGAUUUCAGUCACGUUGAUUCUUCUCUUCGGUGAGAUUAUACCCCAAUCAGUUUGUUCUCGAUAUGGUUUGGCCAUUGGUGCAUCAGUCACUCCUUUUGUCCGCGUGCUUGUAUGGAUAUGUUAUCCAGUUGCUUUUCCAAUUAGCAAGUUGUUGGACUAUUUGCUGGGUCAUCGAAAUGAAGCCCUUUUCCGCAGAGCCGAGUUGAAAACACUAGUAGAUUUGCAUGGUAAUGAGGCUGGAAAAGGUGGGGAACUGACACAUGAUGAAACAACAAUAAUUGCUGGGGCACUUGAACUCAGUGAGAAGACAGCCAGUGAUGCUAUGACUCCUAUAUCUGAAACAUUUGCUAUUGAUAUUAAUUCGAAGCUUGAUAGGGAACUGAUGACUGAAAUAUUGGAGAAAGGACAUAGCAGAGUCCCAGUCUAUUAUGAGCAGUCUACUAACAUUAUUGGACUAAUACUGAUCAAGAACUUGUUGACUAUUCAUCCAGAAGAUGAAUCACCUGUGAAGAGUGUAACCAUACGCAGGAUUCCAAGGGUUCCAGAAAGUAUGCCGCUGUAUGACAUUUUGAAUGAGUUUCAGAAGGGGCAUAGUCACAUGGCCGUUGUUGUACGACAAUGCGAUAAAACCAAGCAACCAUCUUCCAAAAAUGAUUCAAAUGAUUCUGUGAAAGAGGUGAAGGUGGAUAUUGAUGGUGAAAAGCCUCUCCAAGAGAAAGUCUUGAAACCCAAGAUACCAAUCCAAAAGUGGAAAAGCUUUCCAAAUACUAACAAGUCGAAUAGGGGUGGUUCUCGGAGCAGAAAAUGGUCUAAAAAUAUGUACUCAGAUAUUUUAGAGAUAGAUGGUAGUCCCCUUCCAAAUAUCCCUGAAGAAGAAGAAGCUGUUGGAAUAAUUACCAUGGAAGAUGUUAUUGAAGAGCUUUUACAGGAGGAGAUAUUUGAUGAGACAGAUCAUCAUUUUGAAGACUCAUGACAGUGGCUUUAUCAUUAAACCUUCCGUUUUCAGAAUUUCGUUGUUUGGACCCAAUAGAUAAUUAGAUAAUGCGGUUUAAGCCUUAAGGUGAGAGCUGCUGUUUAGAGAUCUGAGGUGUGAUUAGAACAUCAGUUAUGAAAUGUAGGGACGAGAAAGCUGUUAAUACUUGUACGUCGAACUUUCUUUUUAGAGAUGUACACACACGGUACACUAGUGUGUCUUUAAGGCAACGAGGCAUGCCAGCAAAUCAUGGUAUAUUUUUAGUUGAUAACUACUUGUUUGGAUUACAUUCUCCUAUUUCGCAAGAACAUUUCGUGAAUUUGACUAA